CGUGCGAUUAUUUUCGAGAGUAUGUAUCACGCCAUCAUAUUAUUGUCGCCUUGUCGUCUCGUCCUCGUGUUCGAUUAUUUAUUUAUAUUUAUGUUACCGUGUGCGAAUAAUAAGAGAUUUGAUCCGUGUAGAAAAUAACAGAUGCGACCGUUCGAAAACAAACCAGAGCACGGGUUAGUUGUCGCUUAGCGAUUGGCUCAAGUAUGAUAGGAAGGGAUUAUUAGGGAAAUUAGGAGCGAUAUAAGUAUCAGCGAUUUUUGGUAGAGACACACACAUAACGCUCUCUUUUUGGACACACUCUCUCUUACGAUCGAGGACCGCCGAGGUCGGAGCGACGGCGAAGAGACAAGGGAACAUUUAGUAUUUGGACGACAAGAGGCACCUUGAGUUCGCAAUAAAUACAUUAUACUCUAAUUAUAAUUCCUUAUUUGAUCCGGAUUCUUUCCUGACUAAUUAAUCCGGUCUCCUUAUAUAAAUAUCUAUUUUGUCCACAAUCGUUUAUCCGCCUACAAAAGACAUUAAACCUAUAUUUAAUUUCUCUAUUUAUGUUUUGUCCAAAGCGUAUUUUACAGAUCUAAGAUAAAAAUUCCUUUGCCGACAUGAUGAUAUUUCUGAAACUAUUAUUAAGUAGCGGAUUAAUUUUUAUCGCUGCGACGGCUUCCACUUAUAAUGAAUCUUUAUGCGAUCAAUCAUCAAAAUAUAUCACACCAAUCCAUUACGAUAUCAAGUUAUUAUCAUAUUUUGAAGGAAAUAUUUUCUAUGGAGAAUGCAAUAUCAGCAUAAGCAUUCUUAACAAAACGCAACACAUAUAUUUACAUUCAGAACAAUUAUGUGUUAAAAAUGUAGAGCUAAUUAAAAAUUUUGAAAGAUAUCAUGAGAAUGAUAAAGAUACAGUUUAUAAACUGACAUAUAAUACUAUAGAAAACACAAUUGAUAUUUUAUUUAUGAAUGAGUUAUCACCACGAAAUUACAUCUUAAAUAUAAAAUAUCAUGGUAUUGCUGAUGAAGUCUUUAAAAUUUUCAACGUAAAAAAACUAACUGCUUGGGUAGGUGCUCCGCAUUUCCAGAAAAUAGGCGCCGGACCAUUAAUUCCAUGUUGGGAGAAACACAAUUUAUUGUUAAACGCAAUCUUUAAGUUAUCUAUAGGAUGUACUCAUUGCACGGCUUUGUCAAAUAUGCCAAUGCGAAAUACGGAAAUAGAUAAGAACAAUUUGGUAUGGAAACACUUCGGUACCACACCUGCAAUGUCGCCUCAUCUUGCAAAAAUGGUUGUGUCUAAUUAUCUAUUUCUUCAUGAUAACAAAACUGAAAACAUUAAAAUGUGGUAUAGAUAUAAAUCUAAAUUUUAUAUGGAAUUUGCAAAAAAUGUAGUUAAAAAUUUCAUGUUGCAUAUUGAUAAAAAUAUACCGAAGUAUUCGAAAAUGAUUUUGCACGUCACUCAUGCUGCAAUUCCAAAUUUCUAUGACAAAAGCGACACAGUUUUCGGACUUGUUCUUUAUAGGGAAACAGAUAUCAUCUACGAUAAAAAUUUACAUCCUGUUGCUCACAAAAUUCAAGUAGCUCAAUUAGUAGGACAUAUUUAUAUUAUUUAUCCAGAAUUUCGAAUAGUCCAUUUGUUUGUUGUUCAACAUCAACAUAAUUCUUUUUAUUUGGAUGAUUAUCGUUUGUGGAAUUCUACUUCACAAGAUGAUAGUUUAUUACAAAUUCGCCAAUCUAUAAGAGCACCUUGUAUAGUGCGCAUGGUGCAACAAAUCUUCUACGACCAAAUAUUUUGGAAAAGAUUUUGUUCAUAUAUAAAUAGCACAAUGGCAGAUAUAGGACUACAAACAUUUAAAUAUUGGGGUUUGGAAAAGUAUUGUCCUCUCAUAAAAAUAAUACGAAAUUAUAAGGAUACUAUGAACGAAGCAAAUGUAUUGAUGCAAAAUAUCAACACAUUAAAAAUUGAUUGCCUUCCCGUAACUUUUACUAUACAGACGUCUCCCAAUUUUACCGAGUUUACUCAUCAUAUGGUAUGCGUGUCGAAGGUUUUAAAAAUAUCAUUACCAUUUGAAGAAAAGGGUUGGAUGAUAUUCAAUAUACAACAAAUUGGAUAUUAUCGCGUGAACUAUGAUAGUGAGAAUUGGCGGAGAAUUUCAAAUUAUCUAAACACUAAUGAUCACACGAAAAUUCAUGUUCUUAAUCGUGCCCAAAUUAUCGAUGAUGCAUUUCAUUUAAUGAUAGCAGGCCAACUCGAUUCAGCUAUAUUCUGGGAUAUCACUUUGUAUCUGCAACAAGAAAUAGAUUAUACUGCUUGGUAUCCUAUGUUUAAAGCUCUGGAAUACAUGUUCAAUACUUUUUUAGUGUGGGAAGAAAGAAUGAUGCAUUUUAAGAAUCGCAUAAUGCAGGGAUUAAACAACGUACUUAAAAGAAUUAAAUAUAAAGAAAUUGAUGAUAUAGACGAACUUAGAAAAUGUUUACGACAAGAAGCUGCAAGAUGGGCAUGUUUUCUUGGUGGCAUUAUUUGUAAAAAAACGGCCAACAAUAAAUUAAAACAACAUAUCAAAGACCCUGAAACACACAGACUUUUGCCAUGGUGGAAGGAAUGGACAUAUUGUAAUGGUUUGAUGAUAAAUAUCAACGAAACGACUUGGAAAUCAGUGUAUAAUGCAGGAUUGGAAAAAUCUGACACUAAAUUUUCAGAAUACUUGGCUUGCACUCAAGAUGCUAAUAUAAUUAAGGACCAUUUAACAUUAAAAUAUAUAAAUAUUACGCAACGAGAAUAUCAAUAUCUUGUUAACAAUUUCUUACAUAUUAUUACGAAGCAUGCGAAGAAUCCAACUAUUCUGCUAAAGAUAAUGUACAUCGGGCAUUUGAUCGAAAAAUGGGAUGCACUAGUUUUGAACGGUCAUUCGAUCGCCGAUAUGUUUUUUAUGGCGCCGGAUUAUGACGGGCGAUCUGUCACGGUCACCGUAACAUCAACUCCAAAGGGCCGAAAAGGGCUUAAUGCCUCUCCUGCUAGGGAUAGCGCAAGAAAGAGUGUGCGUGUGGAGAAGGAUGAGGAGAAGGAGAUUGCCAGCUUUUAUCGGGAAGUGCGACAACGCGACGGGUCGGUAGAUAAAUCCGGCAGAGCGGUUUCCAUCCGCGCGCGUCCUUUUCGCAAGUUAAUGCGCUUUCCGCAGGACGCUCGCUGGACGUGCAACAAGGCCCGACGUGCGCGUGUGCCUUCGGAGGCUCACGUCGGUUUGUGCCGACGACAGGAAUGGUUAUCCGAUAUCAAAUUACCGUACGUCGAGCCAAGUUCCUCCACGACCCUGGAUACCCAGGAUCUGUACGCCAAUAACUUCAUCCCUGCACCGAAUGCAACUUGCGAUGGUAUAAUCUGUCCUGGUCGCCACUACUUCGAUUGGUCGUCUCGCUGUUUGUGA